AAUCGAAUGAAAUUACCAAAAUUUAUAUUGUAUCAAUCAGCUACUAAACGGAUACAGAGAUGAAGCUACUUCUAAUCGCUGCUUUUGUUGUCGCCGCGGCCGCCCGCCCCUCUACCAUUGGCAUUUUAGAUGUAGAAUCUGCAGGACCUAUUAUUAUUGAAGAUGAAUCUUCAAACAUCAACACUAACCCAGCCUUAGUCGAUGAGACUGAAGACAUCAACACUAACCCAGCCUUAGUCGAUGAGACUGAAGACAUCAACACCGACCCAGCCUUAGUCGAUGAGACUGAAGACAUCAACACCGACCCAGCCUUAGUCGAUGAGACUGAAGACAUCAACACCGACCCAGCCUUAGUCGAUGAGACUGAAGACAUCAACACCGACCCAGCCUUAGUCGAUGAGACUGAAGACAUCAACACCGACCCAGCCUUAGUCGAUGAGACUGAAGACAUCAACACCGACCCAGCCUUAGUCGAUGAGACUGAAGACAUCAACACUAACCCAGCCUUAGUCGAUGAGACUGAAGACAUCAACACCGACCCAGCCUUAGUCGAUGAGACUGAAGACAUCAACACUAACCCAGCCUUAGUCGAUGAGACUGAAGACAUCAACACCGACCCAGCCUUAGUCGAUGAGACUGAAGACAUCAACACCGACCCAGCCUUAAUCGACGAACACGAAUAUGAACAAAUUGACACCAGCCCAGCUUUAAUUGAAGACAACCCAAUCGUCGUUCCUGGUGGUGUUGGAAAAUCCCCUCUGGUUCAAAUAAUCGUGAAUGUCAAUUCUUCUCCUAUGUUUGUACACCAGAUUAACAACCCCCGUGGUGUCUAAUUUAUUAACUACGACUAAUAUCCAAACGAUUGCAUGUAUUUUUUAAAUAACAAAAUAUAUUGCAUAACAAAUUG